CACGGAAACUGCAAAGAUGCCCAUACCCUCCCAUCUAAGAACUUCAACGUAAUCUCUCUUAGAACAUAAAUUUUAAGGAAUUUGCAGUCUCUCAAAGUAUUUUCUUCUGAUUGAAUAACCGCUAUAGGCUUUUUUUUUUUCUUUUAUUAUUAUACAUUUGAAGGUCUGCAUCUCUCAAGAACUAUGAUUUGAUUCUGGAUUGGAUUCUUAGAAUGGAAAAUAAUAUGCUCUUUUUCCCAGUUAAGUUCCACAAGCUUGGAUACUUCCAUUAAGAGAAAAGUAGAAUGUGGAUGGAAGCCAAUGGAAAACAUGUUGAAGUUUAUGCUACUCAAAGCUCCACAUGGCACAUCUCAUCUUUUAUUUACCUCCUAGGUACAACAAGGUAAAUAGUUCACUACAGUCAUUCAGAUUGUCAAAGGUUUUCUGAAGGUCAACAAUGAAAAACAGAACCAUGUUUGGUGAGUUUAUUCUACUGGGCCUUACAAAUCAACCCGAACUCCAAGUGAUGAUAUUCAUCUUUCUGUUCCUCACCUACAUGCUAAGUGUCCUAGGAAAUCUGACUAUUAUCACCCUCACUUUACUAGAUCCCCACCUCCAGACCCCCAUGUAUUUCUUCCUCCGGAAUUUCUCCUUCUUAGAAAUUUCCUUCACAUCCAUUUUUAUUCCCAGAUUUCUGACCAGCAUGACAACAGGAAAUAAAGUCAUCAGCUUUGCUGGCUGCUUGACUCAGUAUUUUUUUGCUAUAUUUCUUGGAGCUACAGAGUUUUACCUCCUGGCCUCCAUGUCCUAUGAUCGUUAUGUGGCCAUCUGCAAACCCUUGCAUUACCUGACUAUUAUGAGCAGCAGAGUCUGCAUACAACUAGUGUUCUGCUCCUGGCUGGGGGGAUUCCUAGCAAUCUUACCACCAAUCAUCCUGAUGAGCCAGGUAGAUUUCUGUGCCUCCAAUAUUCUGAAUCACUAUUACUGUGACUAUGGGCCUCUCAUGGAGCUUGCCUGCUCAGACACAAGCUUCUUAGAAUUGACGGUCAUCCUCUUGGCUGUUGUGACUCUUGUGGUUACUCUGGUGCUGGUGACACUGUCAUACACAUACAUUAUCAGGACUAUUCUGAAGAUCCCUUCUGCCCAGCAAAGGACAAAGGCCUUUUCCACUUGCUCCUCCCACAUGAUUGUCAUCUCCCUCUCUUACGGCAGCUGCAUGUUUAUGUACAUUAAUCCUUCUGCAAAAGAAGGAGGUGCUUUCAACAAAGGAAUAGCUGUACUCAUUACUUCGGUUACCCCCUUGUUGAAUCCCUUCAUAUACACUUUAAGAAAUCAGCAAGUGAAACAAGCUUUCAAGGACUCAGUCAAAAAGAUUGUGAAGGCCGGGCGCGGUGGCUCAAGCCUGUAA